UGACGCGGCCGCCGCUCGCGCCGCCCGGAGCCGAGGCGCCGUUGCCCGCGCCGCCAUGCUGCCCAACACGGGGAAAUUGGCAGGAUGCACGCUCUUCAUCACGGGUGCAAGCCGGGGCAUUGGCAAAGCCAUUGCUUUGAAAGCUGCCAAAGAUGGUGCAAAUAUUGUGAUAGCUGCCAAGACGGCUGAACCUCAUCGUACUCUUCCAGGAACUAUUUACACUGCUGCGGAAGAGAUUGAAGCAGCUGGAGGAAAGGCACUGCCGUGCGUUGUUAAUGUGAGGGAAGAAGAGCAAAUUAUUAAUGCUGUGGAGAAAGCUGUGAAGACAUUUGGAGGCAUUGAUAUUUUGGUGAACAAUGCAAGUGCUAUCUCUUUGUCUGGCACUUUGGAAACAGAAACAAAGAAGGCCAAUCUUAUGAUGGAAGUCAAUGUACGAGGAACCUACCUUACGUCUAAAAUAUGCCUUCCUCAUUUGAGAAAGAGUAAGAAUGCCCAUAUCCUGAACCUUAGCCCACCUCUUAAUCUGAAUCCUAUCUGGUUCAAAAAUCACUGUGCUUAUACCAUCUCUAAAUAUGGGAUGUCCAUGUGUGUUUUGGGAAUGGCAGAAGAAUUUAGAGGAGAGGUUGCUGUCAAUGCUUUAUGGCCUAAAACAGCCAUUUAUACAGCUGCUAUGGAUAUGCUGGGAGGAAGUGGAGUAGAAAAGCAGUGCAGAAAAACGGACAUCCUUGCAGAUGCUGCAUAUUGCAUUUUAACAAAACCAAAAAGUUUCACUGGAAACUUUGUUAUUGAUGAAACUCUCUUGAGAGAAGAAGGAAUUAAGAAUUUUGAUGUCUAUGCAGUUGCACCAGGUCACCCUCUGUUGCCUGACUUCUUCUUGGAUGUUGAACCUGAUAUGAUAGCAAUGAAACUAGAACAGCACGGUACUUCUCAAGUAUUCAAAGAGGAAAAGAAAUCAAGCCGACCCAAGCAUGAAGGACCAGAUGGAGCUAAGGUUAAUUUAGAAUCUGCUUCAGCCAAGCCACUGAGUCCUGUUGCAGAAACAUUUAAAGUUAUUCAGGGAGCAAUAAGUGAAGAAUUUGUGAAAGCUAUUCAGGGUGUCUUUCAGUUUGAAUUAUCUGGUGAUGAUGGAGGCACUUGGUAUAUUGACCUUAAAAACAAAGGUGGGAGCGCUGGUUGUGGCAAACCUCCUGUAAAGGCUGAUGUAGUUAUGAGCAUGUCAAGUGCUGACUUUGUGAAAAUGUUCACAGGUAAACUAAAGCCAACCAUGGCCUUCAUGUCAGGAAAAUUAAGGAUUAGUGGUAACAUGGCAUUAGCAAUGAGGCUGGAAAAGGUGCUGGUACAGUUCAACUCCAAACUGUGAGGGGAAAGGCUUACUAGUAGAACAUCAGCCUUUCAAAUAAAACUUCAGUGCUGUUUUAAAAUGCUAAUUCUUGCUUUGAUACAGUGUAAUAAGCAUGUAUAAAAUGUGAAAUUCUUAGAGAAGAAAUAGCUCACUCUGAUUAAGACAAGAAGGUGUCUGUGGUUAUACAGAUUCCUUCUCCAGAAUACAUGUAGUAGGCUGGAAAUACUUCCUUUUCUUCUACUUUUCCUCAGGAUCAUUUUGAAUCAUGGUUGUUACCUUUGUAAUGAGGGACAUCUGAAGUGGAUUUUCUUCCUAAUUGCACACAUGACCCACAAAAAAACAAAAAUAAGCGAAUGCCAGACUGCAGAUCUGCCUAUAUGAUGUAAGUGUCAUGCAGAGAUUCCUGAGCUGGCUUGGAAAUGGAAGCAAUAUUGCCACUUUAGGGAGCUAAAUAUCCCUAUCAAAAGGCUGCCUUAUUAACUUUUUUGCUUUCCUGGGUUUGCUACCUUCCCUGGUUCUCAUACCUCUGGAUUGCACUGGGUUGUGCUGCACAGACGUACCCUGGGUGAUAUGCAAGUGUUCUUUCUGUACAAAAGCUGUAUGCUUUCUGCCACAUAUAGUCAAAGGACAGUGAAGUGCCAUAAAGAAAAAAGAAUGGGCUGGGAUUUUUUAAUUAGUGUACCAAGUAGCCUCCUAAGCUAAUGUGAUUAUUCUGGCAACAUAGCAUUUCUUCUGUUCUCAGUAUUAUAAUCUGAAAUUAAGAUGAACGUUCCAUCCAAAUUCAGGAAUCACUCCUAUUUGCAGUGUGCCCAGAAGGACUCUCAGAUUUUGUUGUUAGGUAUCAGAAUGUUAUUCCAGUCACUUAGCAGUGUUUUUAAAGGGAAUAUUUUAAACACAAUGCUUUUUCUGCUAAAAAUUGUAUUUUUAAUAUGUUGAAGUGUUCAUCAAGGUGUGUACUUGUUAACAGUGAACUGGAGGAAAAGAUAUACAGCACAUAGGACUAAACUAUCAAGAGACCUUUGGUUCAUUCAUGUUUCUGCCUUUGGCCUGCUGGAUGAUGUUGGAUAAAUGUCUUUGCCUCCAGCUACCUCACCUUCUAUCUGAAAAACAAGAUGUUUAUGCCUCUUUCUAAAAUGCACUUCAAGUAAAAACAAUGCUUAAGACUUGAGUGGUAUUGUUAUGCUAAAUGAGGAACACUUUGUUUUUCUUUUUAACUUUCUAUAACAAUUAAAAGAAAAUAUCCCAAAA